AUGCGUCGUCGGAGAGAAACCAGUGCCAGCUCCCGCAUUGCCACUACUGAAUCGUCCACUACGUCUCCUGGAAUUACCGACGACGAUAGAUCCUUCGAACCCAACUCAGAGACGGACCUGACGGAACCGGAAUACCUGCCUUCCUCGUCUCAGAUGGCCAAACGAAGGAAAAUACGGCGGGGCCCUGCUUCAAGACACCUCCGGGCGGACUUGGGGGAGUUCAGGGCUUCGGAAACUGAGAAUGUCACAGAUGCCUCGGCCGUGGAGCUUGUUCACCGGGGCCGUUACGAAGAUCCAGCCGAUGAUACAGAUGAGGAUCUCUCUAAGGUGCCGGAAGAUUAUGGCAGGUCGAAUAAUACCCGGAAACUGAACCUUCGACUGAAGGACCGCUGGGCUCGGUAUUGUCGGACCAAAGCAAUCGAGCCGUCAGCCGAUCCGAAGUGGGAAGAUGCAGAGGACGCCUUACGUCAAGCCUCCCCAAACGACAUGCACCGGUUCCUGAAUUGGUGUCUCAAGCUGGAAUACAACUCGGAUGGUCGCCGUCUGAAGGGCUACAGGAAAGCUAGUGCCCUCGAAGCGGAUUGGAAGUACUUCCGAGUCUACUACACCAAAGUUACCAAGCAGGAGAUGAGCAACGAAAUGGGUGGGGCGGUCCGCACUGGAAUGAGACACUUGAUCGAUAAACGCGGGUUGGACAAACAGCCGCGGGCGAACACUCCUGUCUAUAUCGAAGACAUGGUACCAUUCAACGAGACGAUUCUCCAAACCCGGGAAAAGCGAUUCCAUCUGGGGUUUCAGCGGAUUAUUCUAUGUCUGUACAACACCAUCGGGCUUUUCACUGUCAACCGGAAACAGGCAAUCCUACACCUCCAGUUCAAGCAUUUACAGAUAAGUCUCCAGCGGGAUCCGCAUGGAGGACCUCCGGUGCCGAUGAUCGAAAUCCAACCCCAGUUUGUGAAAAGUGUCCUCGGAAUGUCCAAGGUGGACGUGCGCCUCAGCGUCAUGCCUGGUGCCUGCCCACACGUAUUGCUCUUCAUCGUACUAUUCUAUGCAAAUGCAUUUGAGGCGCCCCACUUGACUUCGAUGGAGGACCUUCGGAGGCUGCUCAUUGAGGAUGGCCGACAGGAGAUGCCACUCCCCCUGAAAAGGGAGAUGGACAACUACUAUGUUUUUCCGAAGGUUGACGUGAUUGACGGCAAGCCCUGUAUCUUGUGGGAGAUACCCAUGAACGGCUCCACACUCGAUGCGCAGCUUCGGUCACUCAGUGAAAUACAUGGUUUUCUGAAUCCUCUGUUCUCCCACCAGUUUCGUUGCGGGACCGGAGAAUUGCUUGAUCAAAGUGGAUUUGUGAGCGACGCGCAGCGCAACGUGAUCAUGGCGCACGCAAGCAGCAGAACCUUCAUCAAGCACUACCGACCGCGACGGCAUGCUGAAAUGCAGGAGAUUGUAUGCGGACUCAAUCCAGUUGAGGAAUUUUCGAGAGCUGUAAAACGGAUGAGCCGUUGGAUUGACACGAGGCGGCCUCGGUACCUAACCGACGCUGAAAAAGCGUCAGUGGAGAUGGAUCCCGAGUUGCAAUCCGCAAUACGAUGGCAAGUUGAACUGGAGGACCGUUGCGCUCAAUCCGACGAUCCAACAUUGCGGGCCUUGUUGGAACAACAGGAACGCAUUGUCCACAACACGCGUCGCCGUCUCCAGGAGAGACGGCGGAAAGAGAUCCGCCAGGAAUUUAGCCGGAAACAAGCGGUCAUUGAUAUUGAGAGGCAAUUGACAGGCGGUGCCGUUAAUGACGAGCCUGCCCGGGAGGUGUUACGGAAAGAGUUUGCCAUGCCACCGGAGCAGAUCCUCCUUGUGGAGUCAUUUUUUACAUGGCCCACUUCAGACUCGUUGGAAGACGAGUGGAUGAGGCGCAAUAAAGCCGUGACGGCGGGUGUACAGUAUUGUGGUUUCCCUGAGGGGGCCCUCUCCGCGGACGGCCGAAACGUCCUGCAUCAGAGGAUGUAUAAUUUAAUGGACUCGCCAGCCAGUUCAAACCAAGGCCGCGACGGCGGUCCGCGCAAGUAUGCCUUCAACCGCGAGGGCGCCCGUGAGCGAGAAAUGCACCUCUACCUCCCGUACUGGGGCUUCUCCGACUCCGAAAAGUUCGCCCAGCAGUCGAUCGGAAAAUACCCGAACGUGUCGCGCGACAAUGUCCUCACCGUGUUCGCGCAGCUCGCGGCCCUCCGCAUGCACGCGCAGCGCGCUCUCAUCUCGCUUUUCGAUAAGACGAUGCAGCAUGUUGUUGCGGAGGCGACCCCGGAUCUCAGUCUGCGAGCUGCGGACGGCCGUGACAGGGCGGAUGCGCUGUGGCUGGGGGUGCGCCGGCUGCCGCGUCAGAAGGUGCCCAUGUGCUAUCAUGCGGUCAGGUCGUUUACCGAAGAGGGCCGGGACAUAUUUGUCGCUGACGAUCUGACGCGCGACGACCGGUUCAAGAAUCAUCCCUCGGUCACGGGCCAUCCCCACAACCGGUUUUACGUCUCGGUGCCCAUCACGUCGCCGGAUGACUAUGUCAUUGGGAGCGUGGCGGUGCUUGAUGAUCGGCCGAGGGAUGGGGUUACUGCCGAGCAGGAACAAUUUCUCAAGGAGCUGUCGGCUACGGUCAUGGAUCAUCUGCUCUGUCUGAGAGCGAUGAGGGAGGAGUACCGUGAGGAGAAGAUGGUGCGUGCGCUGGGAUUUCAAGAGGCACUGGACAAGAAAUACGGUGGGCAGAUUGCUCUUGUCAACAAGAGGCUGGAGCAACUGCAGGUAUCCAAGUCGAGUGGCGAGGGGGACGAUGCUGGAAGUGACCAGGGGGACAAAGAUACGGCAGCUGCUGGCGCGGACGGCGAUCCUGGCAAGCACGUAUCCCCCAUCCAUAGAUUUAAACAAGACGGAGAUGGGGCAAGUGAAGAAGAGGAGGCAGACGGCGAGACCGAUGAAAAGAAUUCGAAGCCACAGCGACCAAAGCUCUCCCCGACCACCAGCCAGCUGCAGGAGUCCCUUGCUCCCAGCAACGUCCGGUCUGUAGUCAACCGCGCCGCUUCGAUGAUCUAUCAGGCCCUCGACGUCGAAGGGGCGAUGUUCAUCGAUGCCAGCGUGCACGCUCGGCGGCAGACAGUGGGAUUCACCGAGUCCAAAUAUGAUAACCCUGAAGCUUACAAUGUCCAGCACCACGUGGACAACAACGGCGGAGAGGAGCAGAUGCCAUCCGCUUCCAGCCCCGAGUCCCGUUCCGAUUCCAAUGCUGCGGAGGACGACUCGCACGCCCGCAGCCUCGUGCUCGGCCAUUACACCUCGUCUACCUCGGAGGGAGGAGUCAACCUGAACGACAGCCAUUACGUCUCGCUGUCGGGUGGUUUCAUCAACCAUCUCAUCGAUCAGUAUCCCCGCGGUAAGAUCUUCCAUAUCGAAGAAGACGGGUCCAUUUCUCUAAGCUACGAGGGAGUCGCCGAUGAAAUCAACUACUCUCGGACAGGCAGCCGCGGAGCAAUGUCGGUGGAGCCGGAAAAGAAGGAUAUCCAGCAGGAGACCAUGGACAUCAAGCAAAUGAUGAAGGUACUUCCCGACGCGCGAUGUAUCGCCGUGUACCCCGUCUGGGACUUCCAGCGGGGCCGGUGGUUCACCGUCUGCGUCGUAUGGACCAAUGACCCCGGCAGAGUGUUGUCGGAGCCAAAGGACCUGACGUACCUGGCGGCCUUUAGCAACACCGUCAUGGCCGAGGUGUCCCGUUUGGACUUGGAGGCAGCCGACCGAGCCAAGAGCGACUUUAUCUCGUCCAUCUCGCACGAGCUGCGGUCGCCCUUGCAUGGGCUUCUCGGCACGGUAGAGUUGCUCCAGGAGAUGGUGAAUAGCUACGCCCAGAAGUCCCUGAUCGAAACAGUCUACAGCUGCGGCCGUACAUUACUGGACACCUUGAACCACCUCCUGGACUACGCCAAGAUCAACACGCUCACUCGGCCCCGUCCGUCCGACAAGGCGGGCGUACAUGGGUCAACCGACGUGUCCAAGCCCCAAGCGGCCGUGCCUGGGUCUCUUCAAGACGAGAAUCUCGGCGUGUUGGUGCAGGAGGUCGUAGAGGGUCUCCUCGCCGGCGCAGAGUACCAGCGUCGCGGGGCAAAUGGGGAUAGUGACGCGCUGGCCAAGAAGGAGGAUGCAGGCCCGAAGAACCGUCUCAUCACGAUCGUCGACAUCGAAUGGCAGGACAGCUGGCACUUUAGUGUCUAUUCCGGGGCCUGGCGUCGAGUGGUCAUGAAUCUAUUUGGGAAUGCUCUGAAAUACACCCAGGCGGGCUACAUCCGGCUGCUGAUGAGACGGGAUACUUUGCUGGUGGAUGGCAAGAAAACCCCCGCCAUCCGUAUGACGUUCAGUGAUUCGGGUCGCGGCAUGUCCAAGGACUUCCUAACCAAUCAUCUCUACAGCGCCUUUCUGCAGGAGGACACGACGUCUCCGGGCCUAGGAGUCGGUCUGCAUCUGGUCCAUCAGAUUGUCAAGUCACUCAAAGGACAGAUCAAGUUCAGCAGUGAAGUCGGCCGAGGAACGGACGUGGAUGUCGUGCUGCCUGUCGAACAGCCCGAGCUGUCCAGCCCUUCCUCCCCUCGCUCAUUUGCCCCCUUGAAGGAGAAACUGAGCGGCAUGACGGUCUCACUGUUCACGCGCAGCUCGAAGCUGGGCGACCUAGGAUUCGACCCUGAGGUCUUCGACCACAUCCUAACCAGCCUCGGACAGAUGAUCUCCGGCUGGUUCGGACUCCGCGUCCUGACGCCGGACGAGGUCGAUUCCAUCAAGCCGGAUUUCGCCAUCGUGACGGAACACGAGUACCGGAACUACUAUAUUGAGGGCACGAACGAGCCCAAGCCAGACAGUGGGGAGAUCCAGCCUGCUCUCCCGUUGAUUGUUCUCUCCGCAAGAACGAGUAGCUGGAAGACCUUGGGAGAGACCGUCGAGGAUGCGGUUAUUUUCCUCACCCAACCGGUGAGCCCGAAAACGCUGGCCACGGCCUUUGAGCAUUGUCUGGGCCAACCGGAGCGAUCAAGCAGUUCAACGCCCCGGAAACUGCCCUCGCCCGUGCAGCCUGUGGAGGACGGGAUCCCAGACGCGGAGAAAAUGUUCGGGGGCAAGAGAAAUAGCGAGAAAGACCGGGCCCUAGAGCCUGUCCUUGGACGGGCGGUCAACGGGGAAGACAGGCAGCAACAAAAUGGCGAUGGACAGACUGACGGCAAAGGAGCAAAAAAUAUCCUUCUGGUGGAGGAUAACCAAGUCAAUCUCAAGAUCAUCGAAAUGUGCGUCAAAACCGCCGGCUUCGCCUACAGCACCGCAAAGAACGGGCUGGAAGCGCUAGAAAAGUUCAAGGCGAACACAUACGACGCAGUCGUUAUGGGUCAGUCACCCCGUCCUCAAUCUUUCCUCUUUCUAACCCCUGCAGACAUUUCCAUGCCAGUCAUGGACGGCCUUACGGCCACGCGCGAGAUGCGCUCGUUCGAACGAAAGACCAAGCGUCCCCCGGCCACCAUCAUCAUCCUGACUGCCGUCCUCUCAUCGUCGAUGCAGCACGAGGCCAUGAUGAGCGGGGUGAAUCUGUUCCUGACGAAACCUACGCCGCUGAAGCAGCUCAAGGAGAUUCUGCGGAAUCUGUCGGAUGGGAAGGAUGUAUCCCAGAAUUAG